AUGGGCCCCGGCACGGACAACUAUGUCGUGGGCCACGACAUCCCCCCGAUGAAAAUCGACACCGUGGAUCUCGCCUUCCCCAAAGCCAUUGAAGACACUGCGCAGAUGGACCAGUCCAAUCGGCGGCGGCUGUGUCUCCUGGCGUUCUCGCCAACCCUCUACCGGGUCCUGAACUCGCAGGGCACGAGGGGGUUCUUGGCCGACGACGUUGCAGACCAGCUGUUCGCCGAGGACCACGGGCUGACGUUUUACUUCAACUGCACGCGGCAUGAUUCGUGUUAUACGGCAUACACCGCGCGCUUACAGAAUGCGUUCUUUCUGGCCUACGAUUCCCCCAAGCUCCGCUAUAUCGCCCAUGCGCUGGAGCGUUGGGGAUAUUUUGACGUGGGGCGCCCGGUGCUCCCCCCGGCGCGGGUCAUCUUCUUCUGCACCUGGCCGUUGACACAGUAA